GCGGGCCACCAACUGGUGACCUUGGAAAACUUGUUAAAUUUCUGGAAAGUUGUCAUACUAUUGUUGGCUUGUAAAAUCCAUUCUGCCGCAAUUAGUUAUACUCUACCUGACACAAAUUUAAUGAAAAACGUUGUUGUUCCUCUUAAUUUGCUUUUGAGAAAGCUUUUUCACCGAUCAAAUUACGGAGCAUUACUUCGAGUUGUUUGUAAACGACAUGUUCAUGGAUUCAUUGACGGUCUUGAGAAUACUAUUGAAAUAAAAGUUUCUGAAGCUGAUGUCAGUAAACGCAUAUCCAGUCAAGAGUUAACAUAUAGUGGGAAGAAUAAGAGGAUUAUAUUCUCAGCCAACCAGGUUGGCGUUAAUCGCCCAGUUGAAGAUCGCUGGAUGGCGUCUCAUUUUGGUGAGGGCGACUUAAACUCUCUCAGUCUUUAUGACCAUAAAGAUGCAAAUCAGGAGGGAUCAAAUUACGGGGGCACAAUAUUUACUGUAGUCGACGGUCAUGGUGGACAUGCUUGUGCACAUGCAGUUAAUUUACUACAUAGCGAUUACGUCACCUGUGGUCUUUUACCUCCUGAGGUAUCCGAACUUGCUCUAGGCAAUCUACGUCAGAUUCAAGAGUCGCGCACACCUCGUUCAAUUUGUGAGUUGGCAGUAACAUUAUGGAUGACAUCUGGUGCAGUGGUCACUGGAGAAUCUGAACGUAUCGAAUUUAAUUUGAAUGAAAACAAAGAUUCUAGGUUUUCAAAUAUGAAUUUACGCUCUAUGUAUAAUCAGCCUAAUAUCCGAUGGGGUCCUUGGGGACCAUGGGGUCCCCUUCCAUCCUCGGUACGUGAUGUACAUGUUGGACAUAUUCGCAAAUUUCUCGAAGAACUAUUGUCUACAGGGGAUGAAAAGGAGUUCCUCUAUACCGAUAAUAGUGAUGGUGAUAUGAUUGAUCCAGAUGGUUUUAUUACAGCUUCAUUAAAUACACUUAAAGAGACUGCCAUGAAAUAUUCACGAUCUCCACUUCCAACGGAGUCAUCAAAAGAUUAUAUUUCAUCGUCAGAUUUCGAUCACUCUGUUGAUAAACUACGAAACUAUGUCGCAUCCACUGCUUGGGCAUUGAGAAAUGGUCUUCGUCGAAUGGAUCUGGAUACGGCUCUGGCCUCGUCUCCUAGUUUUCAUGGUCCUGUGUUAGAUAAGGCUUUGUUACGCAUUGCGUUUGCUGGUUGUGUAGCAACUUCAGCUUAUAUCCCUCGUCAUCGUAAAGAAAUUUUUGUGGCUCAGGUAGGUGACUGUGGAGCUGUGAUUGGAAGUUAUAUGCCUCCUAAAGAAGUUCCUAUUAACACCUCGUCUGCUAAGGAUAUUUUUACAUUGACUCAGGGAGAAUUUGUGAGAGAGCAUUGGGACGCUGAACUGUUAGUUUCUCCACAUACAGCCGAAAAUGAAGCAGAUGUUAAACGACUGAAAUCUAGUCAUCCAGUUCAUGAAUCUGAAUUUGUAAUUCGAGAUGGCCGACUGUUAGGUGAAUUAAUGCCCUUGCGCGCUUUUGGUGAUAUUCGUUUUAAGUGGUCAACGGACGACUUGAAGAACAUAGCACGCCUCUUAGAUCUACCUCCAAAUUAUCCUAUUUCACCUGGAUUUUAUGCUAGCCCACCAUAUUUGAUAGCUACACCUCAAGUUGUCUGGAAACCUCUGACUUCUUAUUGUGACCACUUCUUGAUCUUGGGGACCGAUGGUUUAUGGGACGCAGUUUCACCUGAAGACGCUGUGCAUGUAGUUGCCCAACACUGGUAUGAUUAUAAGGGAAAUCCAUCGUCUUGUGGUCCAGGCGAUACUGCUGCUAGUCGUUUAAUUCGAACUGCUCUUGGCGGUACAGAAAUGAAUCCGGAACAAAUUGCUUUACACUUUUCAAUGCCGGCUUCUUUAGCCAGAUAUUAUAGAGAUGAUAUUACUGUCAUAGUGGUUUAUCUACCCACUGCUUUCUCUGAUACUGUAUAAUUUUAGUUAAAUGUUUGAAAAAUUGUAGAAUUCACAGAUCUGUUUUAGCUUAAUCUUUUUCUAAUGUUGUAUAUCAGUGCUAGCUACACUAAUGCCCAUAGCCUAUUCAUUUUUUGUUUGUUUUCUAAGCCUAUCCAUCAUGAGUUCGUGUUCUUUUUUGUAUUAUUCUGAAGAGUAAUGCCUGCCUGUUUUUAAUUCUUUUUUUUUCUGAAUUUUUUAAUAUUACUGCAAGUUCGAAAUUAACUACGCUUCUUGUUUAUGCUGAAAACUGCGUAUUAACCUAACACUAUAAUUUUCACUACUGCAUUUAUACUUAUGGAUUCUUGGAAUGCCUUGUUAAUGAGCUCUCUGUGUUUAAGAUCGCAAUUACUGUUCACUGAGAGUUGUUUGUCUGUUUCUUUGUUUGUUUUUUUCUUUUAAAUAAAAUAAAAGAUGUUAUCAAAUUUGUUCAACCCGCUGCAGUGGAUUCUUCGCCCCCUCCCUCUCCCCUCGAACUGUGCACAAAGUGGCUACCACCAUUUCUCCAUCUCUCUUUGUUUUUUUUUUUUUUUUUUUUUUUCAUUUCAUUUUACUAUCAACACUUGUUUAGCCUGCAAGGAUUGUUCUGUGAAAAUAAGGAAGCAUAAUGACUACAAAAAUAAAUGUGGAGAGGGAACUGGCUUUUGUCAUGUACUUACUGUGAUCAACUAUUCGCCAACAUGAUUGAGUUAAUAAUAAUAAAUCCUUGCAUACAUUAGUCUUAUAUGAGAUGCUUGUCUGAUUUUCUGGUAAACUGUGUGAAAAGUAAAAUAGGAAAAAAAUAAUAAUAAUACUGUAACCUUUAUUUUUGGUAAUCUUUACUCUUAUUAUUUAUUUUACUGAUACACUACCUACCUACCAUCACCACCAUUACUGUCAUUUCACCAGAUGUUUACAUUUCUUAUUCUUUUAUUUCCAGUGUAUAUUCUAUUCUAUGACAUGUAAUUGAUUGUCAUAUCGCUAUUCAACCAUGCUAGAUACAUGUGAGAUUUCUGUCAUAUAUAUAUAUAUAUAUAUAUAUAAUGUAAUUGAACUUUAUAUUGUACAUAUACUUCCGAUAUCAUUGCUGUAUCGCUAUUAGCGCAGUUUUUGUCUUCAUUCAUUUUUAGUUUCCUGAACCUGGAAAGACAGAUCAGUGUACGAUAGCUAACAAAUAGAGAUUGGGACCGGUUGUUUCCUUUUAAAUUGGAGAUAAUUGUUUAUUGUUUUUCUUUACUAGUUUUUUUUUCCUAGAACUCUUCUAGUCACACUACAGUAUUCUUGUAUUUUGUAUGUUAAUGUAAUCCAAGGAAUCCGGUUAUUGACUUCUUCCCUCACUCCGUGGUUCAAAUGAUAUGACUUGUAAUGGAA